GUGACACAGUGCCAUGGUGACACGGUGCCAUGGUGACACGGUGCCAUGGUGACGCGGUGCCAUGGUGACACGGUGACACGGUGACGUGGUGCCACGGUGACACGGUGACACGGUGACAUGGUGUGCGCAGUGUCGGACCUGGCGCCGGGGCAGAGCGGGCUGGACGACAUGAAGCUGCUGGAGCAGCGCGCCGAGCAGCUGGCGGCCGAGGCGCAGCGCGACGCCCCCCGCCCCAAGGACAGGGUGCUCUUCGUCAGGGCCGAGGGCCCGCGGGAGGCCUUGGCCGCGCUGUCCCAGCAGGGGAACCCCGACGAGAUCGACCUGGGGGACGAGGACGAGCCCGAGCCCGACG